GCUAUUUCUCAGAGAACUGGCCUGACUGGUGAGGAGUGGGGAGUUGGAAAGCCCCCCUGGACGGAGCCUACUGAUUCCUCUUGUCCCCUCCACCCAGCCCCGGACCCUGUCACCAUCACCUCCUGUAUCAGCACUGGGGGGGGCCAUGGAGUCACCCUCACCUAGUCCUGCCCCCUGGGAGGCUAUGAGGCCUUUGAGUUGGAGGUGGGCGGGCCAGGACUCCAGGACAGCUCCUCUUGUGGGAGAGACGUGUGGGUGUCGGGACUUAGGCCGGCUCAGUCCUACUCAGCCACCAUCACGACCGUCUGGGAUGGAAUGAGGGCCCAGUCUGCCUCCGUGACCUGCCACACCGAGAGCACAGGCAUAAGAAGAGUGAGAAGAAACCAGCACCCAGGGAUCUGGUGUUCAGCUUCCCAGGGGACGUCCUGGCUGAAGACUUUGCCGACCACGUCAGGAAACACGAAGACAGCGGCUGUGGCUUUGCUGAGGAGUACCAGGUCGGCCGGCCCUGGAGGACCACAGCCAGUCCCAGAUGGUGGCCUCAGCUCCGGAGAACAGCGCCAAGAACCGUUACAGAAACGUGCUGCCCUAUGACUGGUCCCAUGUGCCCCUGACG